AUGCGGAAUAGAAUAACAAUUCCUUCGAUACAACCACCAAUGACAAUUGACAACAAAAAUUGGUUUCAAAUUGCAAUUAAUAACUAUAAUUUGAAAGAAUUAUCUUGCAAUGAUUUUGGAAAAUUGAGAUAUGUAGGUCGUGGUGCAUUUGGAAAUGUUUAUUGGACUACAUGUAACUCAAUACAGGAAGAAAAAGUUGCCGUAAAGGAAAUAUAUGUUACAGAAGAAAAUGGAGAAAACAGAAUUAGAAUGUUUCUUAAUGAGUCAAAUUUUGCACCCACAAAUUAUCCAACUUUAUGGAAUAAGCAGUGGUUAGUUGCUUUAUUUCAAAUUUCAUACAAAUAA